GCUUCUGAAGUGGUUAAAUCUGAACCUGCAGCCGAGGAUUCAGCAUCAUCUGCAUCCACAGAUGUCGCAACGGAAAAUGCUGCCAAUCACGAGUCUUCCCCAGCAGCUAUAAAUGGCGACGCAACUAACCCGGCAAAGAAAGUGGCGACAAAACGGCCUGGAGUUCGUGACGAUUGUGUUGCAAAAGCACCGGCAACAAAACGAACAUGUCUGGAGAAUGGAUACGAGAAGAAGAACGGGAAGCUAGACAGCAGUCCGUUGAAAAUAAAGGAGACUCGUGCGGAAAAUGGAUCCAUGACAGCAGUGGCGUGA